AUGGGUGACAAUAAAAGGUUGGCAAUUAUAGGUGGUGGUCCUGGUGGUUUGGCGGCUGCUAGAGUAUUUUUGGAGAAUGCCAAGGGGUUUCAAGUGGAAUUAUUUGAAUCAGAUUCUGAAAUUGGUGGAGUUUGGCAUUAUUGUGAUGACGAGGAUAAAGAGGGUAGAGUAAUGUAUGACUAUUUGGAAACUAAUAUACCUAAAGAAUUGAUGAAAUUCAGUGGAUAUCCAUUUCCAGAUUCCGUAUCCAAGUUUCCUAAGAGAGGAGAUGUUUGGAAGUAUUUGAAAAGUUAUUUCAAGGAGUUUAUCGAAAGUCAAUCUGCAUUUAAAGCACAUUUGAAUACAAAGGUAUCGAAUGUAUUCAAAAAAGAUGGUGAAUGGAUGGUAGUAGUGAAAGACGAGUCCAAUGAUGUGGAUGAGUAUGUCUUUGAUUAUGUAAUCUUUGCCAAUGGUCACUAUAGUACACCAAGGAUUCCAAAUGAAAUUCCGGGUUUAAAUCAAUGGUUUGAGAACAAUUCAGCAUUCCAUUCCAAGGACUUUCAAAAUUGUGAGUUUGCUAAAGGUAAAAAUGUAAUUGUCAUUGGGAAUGGUAGCUCAGGCCAAGAUAUUACUAUUCAAUUAUCAUCAGUAGCCAAAAAAGUGUACAAUAGUGUUCAUGAUGUAGAAAAAUCACAAUGUGUAGCAAUUGGAUUGACCAAUCUGAUUGAAAUUAUUCCUUCAAUUGAUGAAACUGAGUGGAUAAAUCAUUCUGUGAAACUUUCCAAUGGUAAAGUUCUUAAUGAUAUCGAUUUCAUUGUGUCGGCAACUGGGUUUUACUAUGAUUUGAGGAUAUUAGAACCAAAUUUAAGAAAAGACUUAUUAGGGACAACAUCAGUUUCAGAAACUGCUGGAACAAAAAUGUAUAAUUUAUGGGAGCAGAUAUUUUACGUUAAUGAUAAAACAAUAGCAUUUUCUCUUUUGCCGCAGCUAGUUAUACCUUUCCCCUUAGCUGAGUUGCAAGCAUCAGUCAUGGUUAAAGUUUUUACCAAUAAAUUAGAGGUCCCAUCAACACCACAAGGUAACGAUGAUCCUAAUUAUCAUUAUUUCCCUAAUUACACUGAUAUCGAUUAUUAUCGACUAUUACAAAGUCUAUUGGAUUCCCAUGAUGGUGACAAAGAUAAAUUUAAGCCUGUAAAGUGGGAUGGUGAGUAUGAAAAGAUGAGGAGAGGGUGUACAGAAUUGAAACGUCAACGUAAUUUAAAACUGUUUUUAUAUGCCCAAAAGUUAAGAAAGGAACAUAUCCCUUAUCAUUUAAUACCUCCAGAGGAAGACAUUUAA